GAAAGCGGCGGUACGACCGCAAGCAGUCGGGCUAUGGAGGGCAGACGAAGCCCGUCUUCCACAAGAAGGCGAAGACGACGAAGAAGAUCGUGUUGAGGCUGCAGUGCCAGUCGUGCAAGCACAUGCACCAAACGCCCAUCAAGGUGACCGCGCGCGCGCACGUGCACUGGGAGCUGGCGGGAAGAGCGGGUGUGGGGGGUUGA